AUGCGUCGUCUGCACGGAAUUCUUCCAAUCCUGUUCCUUUUCCUGGUCACCUAUCAGGUCCUGGGCCAGGAUUGUUGGCCCCCAAGAGAGAGAAGGUGCGUGCCGCGUCAUAAGUGCCGGUAUCAAGUAGAUUUCCGAGCCAUGUCUAAUGGAAAUAAUGGGUGCCCUGCGCCGGAAACCUGCUGUCAAAAUAUACACAUACUUAAUAACGGGCCAGAUAUAAGCGUCGAAGAGACGGUUAAUCCCGAGUGCGGGCGACCCAACAGCAGAGGCAUAUCCUUCGAAGUGCGCGACAUGGAUGGCUUUGCCCAGGAGUUCGAGUUUCCUUGGAUGGUGGCCUUGCUCGAUAUUAAUGGAGAAUACUUGGGUGGUGGCGCCAUUAUCUCUCCCGAGGUGGUCAUCACAGCCAAAGACGUAACCGACAACCGAAACGAAAACCAGCUUAUUGCCCGCGCUGGCGAAUGGGACUUCAAAACCAACUCCGAGCAUUUUCCACAUGUUGAUGCUAGAAUCCGGUCGAUCGUUCGGCAUCCUGGCUUCGACAAAAGGAACGGGGCCAAUAAUGUGGCUCUCUUGUUCCUUCAGACUCCGCUAACACUUACCAAACACAUUAAGCCAAUCUGCCUGCCGCCGGUUAAUAGGACCUUCGAUUACUCGCGCUGCGAAGAAGGUGAAGCUACCAAUAGUCCAGAACAAAAGCUCCACAACAGCCUCUUGUGCGCAGGCGGGGAGCUUGGAAAGGACUCUUGCAAGGGCGAUGGUGGCUCUCCGCUGGCUUGUCCCCACCAAGAAGAUCCCCAAAGGUAUGAGCUGGCCGGCAUUGUGAACUUUGGCGUUGAGUGCGGAAUGCAAGACGUCCCGGCGGUUUAUACCAAUGUAGCAAUGUUUCGAAAUUGGAUUAUCGAUGAGGCUAUCACUAAUUUGAACGAUUACGAACCCGAACCAGAACCCGAACCAAAACCCAAACCAGAACCCGAACCAGAACCCGAACCUGAAAACACACCAUCACCGAAAAAUGAGAACGGAAAUGGCAACACCGAAAGAAAGUACGACUUUGUCAUAUAUUGA